ACAUCUAGCCAGUGCCUUCCAGAGCGCACGCUUUGUUUGGAUCUUAUCAUAAUAAGCUGAUAUUUCCACAUCGAUGUUUUGCUGAUUUGAACCUUUUUUUGGGCGGAAUUGUGCCAUACUGGAGCAUUAUCAAGGUACAAUAGGCUACAAUAACCCAUAGCCUACGCGAGGCUCAACCUUUUCUGAAUGCUUGUCCUUGCAUGACAUGAGCAAAACAUAAACAGCUGGUGUGUAUGUAUGUUUAGAAAACGGUUUAAUCAACCUAUACGCGUGCAAUUGGUGUGUGGAGACCAAAUGACCAUAAGGCGUCCACCUUGCAGUGCGCACAAAUUCCUGUGAUGUGGAUCUGUCACACUUUGUCAAGCUGUUGUACGGCCAAAGCCGGAGGUUUCCCACCUAUUGGACACAGUUUUAGGAGUUGAAAGUAUUUUUUUUUUAUAUAUAGUUUGUUUCUUGAACGACUCUUUCCAUCACUGUAUCAAUGAUGACUGAGAACAAUGAGAUGGAGAGCGACUCGCAGCUCCAGCGCUCUCCAAGCACCAUGUCCAUCCAACCGAUGACAUCCAAGCUCCAGAGACUAAAACGCUCUCUAUCCUUCAAGACCAUGAUGCGCAGCAAAAGCGUGGAGAACUUUUUCCAAAGGUCCUACAGCGAUGCUCGCCUGCCCCCGGAUUUCAUCACGGACCCACCGCCUCCUUCUCCCCCACUGCUGCCUGGCUCUCCUCUCGUCGGCGACCGCUCACCAUCCAUUUCACCAUCUCUCAGCCCCAACCCCUCCAUUUCCUCCCACUCCCCUUCUCUAAGCCUCUCCCCAUCACUGCCCACCAAGCCUCCCCGACCUCAGAUUACCCACUGUUUCCAGGACCAUGUGUUUCGCAAGCCCACCAACUGCCAGCACUGCAAACACAUGAUAGUGGGAAACUCCAAACAGGCUCUGAGGUGUAAAACAUGCAAGAUGGCUGCUCACCUGUGGUGCACCUCUGAACUAUCGCAGCAGCUGUGUCAUGGAAAGUCUGGAGCGUUCAAGCGAAACUUCAGCUCACCGAUGCUCGUCAAUGACCAAUUGUCUGUCGUCAAAGAGGUGCAACCAAGCCAAGAGGCUGCGCGGAUGCGUGUUGACCCCGUGUAUGCUGCCUUGCGCUACGGGACGUCCUUGGCACAGAUGAACCGCUCCAGUUUUGGCAGUUUGUCAGAGUCGCCAACACGCAGCCUGGGGGAGGGAGCUGAGGAGUGUCAGCAGAGACAGUGCAGCAUGGAGGAAGAGAUAACUCAGGAAACAGGGGAUGACCCUGUCCCCGACACCGAGAUCGAGAAGGAGGAAGACGAGAGCAUCAGCCAAGCUCAGACUCCUGCUGAGGACAGCAGUGUGAAGGUGCCCAAGCGCAUUGAAGUUCACUCCAUCCAUACUUAUGUAGCACUCUACAAGUUUCUGCCUCAGGAGCAGAAUGACCUGGAACUACAUCCUGGUGAUCGGGUACAGGUUACUGACGACUCUAAUGAAGAGUGGUGGAAGGGCAAGAGUGGUGACAGAGUCGGCUUCUUCCCUGCCAACUUUGUGCAGAGGGUCCGGCCAGGAGAGAGAGUGUGGCGGGUCGUCCAGGGCCUUCCUGGCAACCGAGAGAGAGGGCACAUGGCCGUGAGAGAAUCCCAGAUCUGUGUGGGGAAGCUAGAAGAUGGCGAAAUGUUUCUCAAGCUGAGCAGUGGGAAGAAGAGAGGGCUGGUCCCAGCUGACUCCAUAGAGGAGAUCUGAGCCUUUGUGCUCUCAUCACUAUCCUUACACUUCUACUUCCCUGGGAUGCACCCAUCCUCAAACUAUCAGCAUCGCCCCUCCCCCACCCUUCCCUCGCCACAAAGACAGCCGCAGCCUCACCAACCAGUCCUGGCUGACUACAACCAAACAGAUAAGCUGAAUGAAAAACGCACACUUCUGCAAAGAGCUGGAACCACAGCCUCUGAUGAACACAUGGUUUCCACUUGAUUUGGCUUUCUGUCUUUAGUAGAGUCUUUAAUGGGGUGUACAGUUAUGCAGUGGUCCUGCUCUUAGAAAGGAACUGUUUCUCAGCAGUCUAGUGUUGCUGUAGGUUCAUCUUUUGAAUACAAAAAUCAAUGCUUAGUUAGACAAAGGGUGCACAAGAAUGCAAAAAUGCUUUAAAUAUGCUUGCUGGAUGCCGGUUCACUUUUUUUUCCUUAUCAAAAAGACGUCUACCAACAUGUGGGAGGAGGCUGAGUCCUGUCAUAGGAACAUGAUGCUUCUGUCAGUGUCCUUUUCUUGUAUCUACCCACUCUGUAUGUCUCAUCCCUAUCUGCUCGUGUCAGAGUCUCUGGCCUGGGGACUGAUAUCAGCUUCAUGUAGACUGGUACACAACAUGAGGCACUCACCAAGGACAACCACUGCCAGCCAGAGAAAGCUACUGCCAUUCAGACAGACUGGAGAAUCAGAUGAAAGGAGUACACACAAUCCCAAAAUCCACUCUUAGGUUGGCACUCGCCAACUUCAGAGUGCAGAAAUAAGAAGAUUUUCAAAGGAGGAUUGGGGGGUCUGAGGAUCUGUUCACAGAAACCUCAAAAACUUUUUCCCCUUACUUUUUCUGUAUAAAAUGACAGUGAAAAUAUGAUACAAAAAGUGUGUCAGCAUAUUUUAAUUUUUGAUAAGAGAGCAUAAAUCAAUCAUGGUGGACCCCAUAGAAAGAUCUACUCAACAAAUUUUAUGAAACAAACUUUCCCUUUUCAGAAAUCUACAAGACCAGAACGUAUUGCCUUUUCUUUUUGGUUAAUGGCAUAUCCAUACAGGAAUAAAUGUUGGUGUAAUAUAUGUUGUUGAUGACUAAGAAACAGCAGUGAUUGUCUAGGGUCUAGAUUUUUUGUCCCACUGUUCUAAGCAAAGAUGAUAAAGGAGAAAUGAAAAAGAGGGGAGAUGAAAGUUGCGAGUCACUCUGGGAAAACUGGAAUGGUGGUCCUCUUUCGUUUGGCUGGCUGUUGUGAGCAAGAGCAAGAAAAAUGUGUCAACAUCUUCCAAGUGUAGUAGUUACAAGUGGCGAGAGCUGUUCUCCUGUUUUCACAUAAAGGAGCUUGGCAGGCACAAAAGGGUAGCUCUCUGCAUAGGCCAGCUGAAGAGCCGCAGCGGGUAUUGCAAGUGUUGUACAGCAUUUUAACAUGUCUUCACUAGUGCUGAAACAGUGGGAAAUAAACCGCGGCCAGUCUGACAGAAAAACAACAACACAAUGGGGAUCUUUCUGACCAUGACAAGGAGUCCAAGUCUCACUGACAGCUUGGAGUAGGGCACAGGAAAAUAGAGGGAGGAGGAGGUGCAGUGAGAGAUAAGUCGGUGUUAAACCGUUAUGAGUCAGUGUGUGCAUGCAGGUAGUGUUGUAUCCAUGGGUGCAUGACUUAUCAUUGAUCAAAUGUCAGCCUGUCAGCUUCAUCUUCCACUCCCCACUUGGCCUCUCUUGUCCUUUCGUUAUUGAAGUGACUGGUGAGUUAUGAAGGCAAAAAAAUUGAAGGCAUUUUUAUUUCUCCUUUGUAGGUACACUUUUGAUGGUUAAGCCUUUCAUUGAUUAAUUUAUCGAUUACUUAUUUAACAAAUUUGAUGCAUUUCUAUAGAAGAACACCUUGUUCCAGAGUGAGGGGGGGGACGCACACUUCACUAGUGAAAGAUCACGAACAUGAACAAAAUGUAGGCUUUAAGCACAGAAUGCAAAAGUAGAAUGAUGGCACUGAAAAUUAUGAAAUAAUUUAACUCAUAUGUCUUCUUUCAGAUCACAGAGCUCUAGCUAAUAUUAUCCUUCUUUACUUCUCUACAUUUAAAUAUAUGUGAAAGUUUUUAGAGACUGUGAGAAAAAAGCUUCUUAAUGAGAAUAGCACUUUAUUUUGUGUCAUUUUAAUAAGUUGUCCUUUUGUUGAGGUAUCUCCUUCAUCGUGAUAUCUGUCAUAUUGAACAAUACUUUACCUGCAACUUCAGCAUGGAGUUCUUCGGGCUGAUGGCUUGUCUUCAUGCGUCAGACAUUUAUAAAGUCAAAAAAUAUCAGAGAUGGAAAAAUACAGAAAAUUACACAUUAGCAACCAUCCUGGAAGAAAAUGGUGUCAGAGCAGAACUGGAUGAUUUUACCCAUGUAAACACUUUGUUAUCUUGCAUUGUGUCUAGUUUUAUGUAGCAUCACAUGUUCACACCUUUGAGGAUUCAAAAUAUUAAGUAUGUGUUUGGAUGUAUCCAGUCCAGAGUCAUUGGUUGGCCACAUACCUCAAUAAAAAGAUCUUUACAAAACAGUCUCUGCCCUUUUCAUGCAUGCUGUCUGUCACGCGAUUUGAACACUGGCACAAUGAGCUCAUGCAUGUGUGAAUGUUGUUGAUCAUGUAGGCCUGUAUGACAGAAGCACACAGCUUUUGGUGUUUUUCUAUAU